UAUUAACAACUAUAUGCUUGAUCGUCUAGCAGGUAAUUUUUUAGACGCUGCAGUCUAUUAAACGUAUGUUACGAGUUUUGUUGCUACUAUGUUCUUUUAUACUGUGUAUCAUAGGAUUCUUACGACACAUUUUUGUCUAUUAGGUGAGGAGAGGACUUAUUUGAGUUCAGAUAGUAUUGAUCCAGCUGAUUUAAAAUCCAAAGAUGACUCUGUUUUCUCUCCAGAGUUUUUGAAUAGUAUCAAAACAUCAGGAUUACCUAAUCAUGCUCUAAGGCUUAGGAUUGGUACACCAGUUAUGCUGAUUAGAAAUUUGGAUCCCACAGAAGGACAAUGUAAUGGGACAAGGUUGCAGAUUACUGGGCUGGCUAAACAUAUUCUUCAAGCGAAAAUCAUCACUGGAACUCGAGUUGGGGAGACAGUUUUUUUACACCGAGUCUUGAUAGAGCCCUCAGAUUCAAAGCUUCCUUUCAAAAUGAGACGUAGGCAAUUUCCCCUGAAAGUGGCCUUUGCUAUGACCAUCAACAAGAGCCAGGGUCAAACACUAUCUAAUGUGGGUCUGUUUCUACCAAGACCUGUUUUUUCACAUGGUCAAUUGUACGUGGCUGUGUCUAGGGUAAAGUCAAGGAAGGGAUUGAAAAUUCUAAUUACUGAUAAAGACCAAAAACCUCAAGAAUCAACCCUCAAUGUUGUAUUCAAGGAAGUUUUCCAGAAUCUGUUUGAAAACUGCAAUGCAGAAUAG